AUGAAGAAUUGCCCAACUUUAAAACGAUAUAUGACGAUCUUACCAGAGCCAAAUCCUGAAAAACAAAAAGAAUCUAUCGAUAGACUGAAAAAUUCCAUCAAAAUUCAUAAAAACAACCAAAAGAAAUUAAAAUUGAAGUUCCAAAAAAAGAAAUACCGAGAAGCCAAUCCUAUCUUUUCAAAAAAUUAUCCCGUUCUCUCAUACCUCUGCUCUUAUUAUAAAAAAAUAUCCAAAGUUAAGAAUGAUUAUGAAAUAGAAAAACUACAGAACUCGAUUGACAUCGAAAACUUCUUAAUCAAAGUUAUCGAAAAGAAUAAAUGCAUAUCAUUCGAUUCAAAUCGCUAUAUUGAAGAAACGAACAAAGCAAAUUCAGCAAAAGAAGAAUAUAAACAAUUAAUAAUGCACAAAAAUCUGAUUUCCAAGCAGAUUUCAUUAUUAGAUCUCAAAACAGACGCCGAAGUACUCGCUGGCAGAAUUAAACACGACUUAAUUAACUGCGCAAAAGAUUUUGUUGAAGAAACAUCAUACAGUCCUCCAUCAAUAUUGGACCACUUGAUAACAAUGUUUAUACGGCUUUAUCGCACAAAAACUAUAGUUACUCCCCUUGCAAAUUUCAUUUCUUUCGGAUCUUCGAAAAAUGCAAUCAUUUCAAUUGGCGAAUUUUCCAAAGAAAUUUACAAAGGACUAGGUGUCACAAACCCGGUUCACCAAGUUAUGGUUUAUACUUCGAUCAUCAGAUUUUUAUUUGAUGAAUCUUACGUAAUCCAUUCAGAUUUGAAUGAAAACAAAGAAGAGAAUAUUAAAUUCCUCGAAAGAUGCAACCAAUUCUCGAAACAAUCCGCAAAAGGCUUAAAAUUAUCAGAUGAUAUCAAAUCAUACUACACCCCAGGACUUCCUGUUAUAAGUCUCUUUAAGUCUAAGCAGUGUACUCAACUUAAGCAAAUGGAAUACAUGACAAAUCCCAUUGAUCUUAUGGUUCACGUAAAUACUGUCAUGAAAACAUUGGCUACCUAUUUCGGAUCCGAAAAUGGAGUUCUUUCUUUCGAUGACAUGAUUACGUUGUUUUUGGGCUUGACUUCUCUUUCCCCUCCUGUAAAUGCAGUUUCGAUUGCAAAAUUCUGCGAGAAAUGGCAUGGAUUGCAGGUUUCUAAUAUUGUCAAAGAGGCAGAAAACUUUUAUCUUGCCGCUGUUGACAGUAUUAUGAAUCAUCAUGAAGAAUUGAUUUCUGAUGAAGGUCAUGUUUCACCUUCAAUUAUCUAA